AUGCAGACCAUCGGAGAGAUGGGAAGCUAUCUUAAUACUUACGUUCUGUCAUCAGCUAUUGAGCAAAGCCAGCAGAGAACUUCCUCAGACAAGAGUCGCAGCAAGAAGGGCAAGGAGCCAAAGUCGAGGGUGAAAAAGCUCAAGUACCACCAGUACGUUCCUCCAGACCAGAAGCAGGAGCCCAGUGAAGCGCCCAUGGACUCGUCGUACGCCCGCCUUCUGCAGCAGCAGCAGCUGUUCCUCCAGCUGCAGAUCCUCAGUCAGCAGCAGCAGCAGCACUACAACUAUCAGACCAUACUACCAGCACCCCUCAAAUCUGUGGCAGAGGGUCAGAACAACAGCAUCAGUAAGCUGCCAGCCUCCAUCAUGGUGUCUUUGCCGACAGCAAACCCACCUCUCCCUCCCCCUCAGGCUCGUCUGAACAACUCUGUGUCUAACCGCAAACCAGGAGUCUUAACAGCCAACCUUGAGGAAAUGAAGGUGACUGAGCUCAAAUCGGAGCUCAAACUGCGUGGUCUCCCGGUGUCGGGAACAAAAACAGAUCUGAUAGAAAGACUGAAGCCUUUCCAAGACAUCGCCACUCCUCCUACUAUUCCUGCCACUACCACCGCCACCUCCAUCGCUAUGGAAGUCACCCCGACUUCAGCACCUCCCAUAGUCCUUCCAGUUCAGAAGGUGGCUCUGGAGAGUAUAAGCUCUAUGUCUCCUGUCUCACCCACUCCUGCUGAUCCAGCUUCCCUCCAGCUGGAUGUCAGUAUGUCUGAGUCUCAAGCUGAAAUGCAAAAAGGAUGUUUUGGCUCUGCAGGGCCACGCUCCUCCCCUCAACCGUCUUUUCAAGUCCCCGAGGAAAAGGACAGGAGGCUCCAUGAGAAGGAGCGGCAGAUAGAGGAGUUGAUGAGAAAGCUGGAGCAGGAGCAGAGGUUGGUGGAGGAGCUGAAGAUGCAGCUUGAGGUGGAGAAGAGAGGUCAGGUUGGCUGUGCAGCUGAUUCCACAGGCUCUGUGUCUCCCAUCAGCACCAUUCCUGCUGUCUACAACUCAAAUGGAGUAAAAAUGGAGGGAGCUGUGCUGUCGAACUGUUUGUCCAACACGACUGCCAACUCCCUCACAACCCCCCUGCCAACUGUGGUGAAACUGGAGGAUGUGGCUGUUUCUUCAGGUAAGCCACUUCAACUCCAGACCCAAACCCAGCUCAUCACGCAGCUCCAGCCUCAAACUAAGCCCCAAGUAGCCACCAACCCACAGCUCUGCCUCCAGCCCCAGAAAAGUCCACAAAUCCAGGCUCAGCCUGCAGCCUCUGGCCUGCAGCAGUUCUUUAUCCGCCACCCUGGUGGGGUGUCCCAGGUCCUGGGUCAGCCUCAGACACUGCUGACUGGUCAGGCUGGAGCUCAGAUCCUCUUCCCUGUCUCACUGCCCAAUAACGCUACUGCGAUCCAGCUGCCCAGCUCCACCGUCAGCCUGCAGCCUGUCCUUCAGGCCACAGUCUCAAACCCAGGUCUGGUUCAAGCUUCAGGUCCUCCGCUGCAGACCACUAAGGUGGAGAUGACGACCAGCCAGCAGCCACUGCUACAAACUCUGACCAUGUGUAACAACACUACUGGUUUAGGGAACCAAACAAGAGCUGAGAUCCAUCCCCAGUGUUUUCUAAGGAGCUCCCCAGAAAACGGAGUCUCUCCCCAGGCCUCACCAAACCACCAGGUCUCCAACGGACCCGUCAGUAAGUCGCCCUCUCCACAGCCUUCCUUCAUUUUCCAGCCCAACACCCUGGUUACUCGGCCCCCAAAGACAAGAGAGCCCCCCCGCUACGAGGAGGCUGUCAAACAGACGCGCAAUAUGCACAUUAACAAUAUGUCGCAGGUUUCCACGGCAACGAGCCAGCACAUGGAUGACUUGUUUGACAUUCUCAUAGAAAGUGGAGAAAUCACUCCAUUUAUCCAGCAGGACCCCCCAGCCUCUCUUAACAAGACUUUUCCAGUGACUGCUAACAUCACCAUUCUUCCCGUCAACACCGUCCUGUCCAGGCCGCCUCCACAGGUCCAGGUAGCUCCUCCCCCUACACUGACCCCUGCCAUCACCCCCAGCCUGCCUGGGCUCUCCCCCCUGGGCACAGACAAUCAGCUGGAGGCCUUUCUGGAGGGGACUCUAGCCGGAGCGCUGCACGUGUCAGACCCUCGCACGCAGGGCCUGAUGGAGGAGCUGCAGGCUCAGUUAGUGGACCAGCAGCCCUACUCGCCCAUGGACACGUCAGAGCUGUCCUUCUGCAACUCCUCCUCGCCCCCCUCCUCGCUCACCAUGGGCCUGUCUGACCCGGUGCUGGACAACAUGGAAUGGCUGGACCUCACCAUGCCUCCGGGUCCCACAGGGGCACCGCUCACACCGCUGGGGAUUCCGUCGGACUUCCUGGACACGCACGACCUGCAGCUGCACUGGGACUGACGAGAUGAGGCUGCAAACGGGUUGAAGAGGAGAAACCAUGGCGUUUUGGCUUUUCUGUGCCAAAUCACUCAGAACAUCUGUAAGAUUCCUACUACACCAC